AGGGAUUGGUGAAAGCCGCGGGGUUCCCGCCCCCCCCGGGGGGCGGGCGCGGCGCCCGAUUGGCCAGCGCCCUCGGGGCGUCCUCUCCGGCCGGGCCUGGGCGGCGCGGCGAAGCCUGCGGCGGCGGCGGCAGCAUGAGCUGAGGCGAGGACAUGGACUUCUCCCGGCUGCACCUCUACAGCCCUCCGCAGUGUGUGCCAGACAACACGGGCUACACCUACGCGCUCAGCUCCAGCUAUUCCUCUGAUGCUCUGGACUUCGAAACACAGCACCGGUUGGAUCCCGUGUUUGAUUCCCCCAGGAUGUCCCGCCGUAGUUUGCGCCUGGUCAGGACGACCUACUCCACAGGGGACAGCCAGGCGGGCGACGCGCAGCCCGCCCAGGACGGAGUACCCAGAACACUAAGGCAGCGCAGAAGUGCAGGCAAAGCUGCUCCUAGUGUGAGCCCCGCGUUCCGGAGAGCUGCAACCAGCCAGGGCGGCUCUCGCAGUGCGCGGGCUGCUGUGGCCCUGCAGGCGCAUGUGUUGGAUGAGUCCUUGAUCCGUGAGCAGACCGAGGUGAACCACUUCUGGGGUCUUGACGAUGAUGGUGACAGUAAAGGUGGAGGCAAAGCGGCCAUUCAGGGAAACGGAGCCCUAGCAGUGGAGGCUGCCGAAGCCACUGGGCACAAUGGAUACACCUGCAGCAGCUGCCGCCUGCUCUCAGAGCGCAGGGACACCCUGACCGCGCAGCCCACGGCCCACACGCUGGCCUCGAGGGUCUAUUCCCGUGACAGGAUGCAGAAGCGCGGUGCGUCUCUCUGCGCGGACAGGCUCUUGGGGCUGGCCACGUGUGCGACGUCGUCUUUGUCAACACUCUUAGUUCAGCUUUUCCAAGUGGUUUUACUGAAGCUCAAUUAUGAAUCUGACAAUUUCAAAUUGAAAAGUUACGAAUCAAAAGAUGGUGAAUCAGAAAGCUUUAAGUCAAAAAGCUAUGAAUCAAAAGCUCAUGCCGGUUGCUGUGGGAGCGUGAAUGUGACAGAGUGUCUCAGAGUCGAUGGCCGCCUCGGGGGCCGUGGCGAGUCUCUGUGCGAUGACUGUAAGAGGAAGCGGCACCUUGAGACACACACAGCCACCCACUCGCAGUCCUCCAGGCCACACGGGCUGGCAGGGACCCUGGGGCACCUCUGUGCCCGUGCAGGUCACUUCCUGGUGCAGACACUCCAGAGGGUCUGGGCUGCCGGGUGCCACGUGUCCAGGGCGCUGUGGUCCGUUCUUUGGCUGGCCGCGGUGACUCCAGGGAGAGCAGCAUCUGGAAUGUUCUGGUGGCUGGGGAUUGGAUGGUAUCAGUUUGUUACUUUGGUCUCGUGGCUGAAUGUGUUUCUUCUAACAAGGUGCCUUCGACAUCUCUGCAGGUUUCUCAUCUUGCUCCUCCCACUGCUGCUCUUGCUCGGAGCCGGAGUCACCUGGUGGGGUCAGGGUGGUUUCCUCUCUUCCCUGUCUGCGUUCAACUGGCUGGACCUGCACAGAUCGCCGAAGGCCGAGCACCCUGGGGACGGGCUGGGACCUGGUGCCACUCCCCUCAACCCUCCUGUCCAGGCAGGGGACACAGCGUUCCCGUGGCACUGGAGGAGCAGCGUGGACCAGCAGGUGACGGCUCUGACUGGCCGGUGCCACACGCAUGACAAGCAGCUCCAGGAACUCACCCUUGAGCUGCACAAACUGCAUGCACGGCUGGACCAGGUGGACGAGGGCCGAGCAGGGCUGUCCUCGUGGGUCAAGGAUCUCAUCGGGCAGCAGCUGCAAGAGGUGGAUGCUGCCAGGCUGCCGGGCACUAAGGCCGACUUUAUGACUUUGCAUCAGGAACACGAACUGCGCCUCUCUGCGUUGGAAGGGAUCCUUGGGGAACUGGCAGAGCGAGCCGAGGCCUUCCAGAAGGAGCUGCAGGAGGCAAAGCUCGCAGCAGCAAGCGGGAGUGAGGAGCAGCAGCACCUGCUGGCCAGCGUAAAGCGCCUGGAGCUGGAGCUGAGCGGCUUGAGGGCACGUGUGUCGGACUGGCCGCAUUCCCAGAGCGGCUGUCUGGAGGGAGACGCCCUACAGGAGAAGGUGCAGGCCCAAGUCAGAGAAAGCGUCAGGCUGCUGUUUUCUGAAGAGCAACAAGACGAGGCACUGGAGCAGCUGCUGCAGAGCUUGGCUGCACGGUUUGUGAGCAAGGAGGACUUGCAGGCGGCACUGCAGGUGCUGGAGCUGCGCAUUCUCACCAACAUCACUCAGCACAUGGCCGUGACCAAGCAGGUGCCAACCUCCGAGGCCGUGCUGGCCGCCGUGAGUGAGGCGGGGCUCGCUGGCAUCACAGAGGCGCGAGCCCAGGCCAUCGUGAACAACGCGCUGAAGUUGUAUUCCCAGGACAAGACUGGACUGGUGGACUUCGCUCUGGAAUCUGGGGGUGGCAGCAUCCUGAGCACCCGCUGCUCCGAGACCUACGAGACCAAGACGGCACUCAUCAGCCUUUUCGGGAUCCCACUGUGGUACUUCUCGCAGUCGCCCCGUGUGGUCAUCCAGCCUGACAUCUAUCCGGGAAACUGCUGGGCGUUCAAGGGCUCCCAGGGCUACCUGGUGGUGAGGCUGUCCAUGCCCAUCUGGCCAGCCACGUUCACACUGGAGCACAUCCCCAAGGCGCUGGCGCCCACCGGCAACAUCGCCAGCGCCCCCAAGGACUUUGCAGUCUACGGUCUGGAAAGCGAGUACCAAGAGGAAGGGCAGUUGCUGGGACGGUUCACCUACGACCAGGAUGGUGACUCGCUACAGAUGUUCCAUGUGCUGCCGAGGCCCGACAAAGCUUUCCAGAUGGUGGAGCUGCGGAUCCUGUCCAACUGGGGCCACCCCGAGUACACGUGCCUCUACCGGUUCCGAGUCCACGGGGAGCCCGCCGAGUGAAGCCUGGCGCUGCUGUGUAUAUUUCUGUAUAUACUAGGAGCCAGAAACACUGGAACCCUUCAGGAUGGAGGCAUGGCCAAUAAACGUGACAGGACAGCUG